CCUCAAGAAUCUAAAAAAAUGAACAUCUUCCUUAGGUGUUUCAAGCCCAAGUUCUACAAGAAAAGUAAAUCUGCAACAAGUUACCUGAAGAUGCGGCUCGAUAUAGUAAGGAAAAGAAGGAUUGCAAUGGUGAAGUUUUGGAAAAUGGACAUUGUUGAGUUUCUCAAGAAUGGUGAUGAUUAUAAUGCUUAUACAAGAGCAGAAGUAUUACUUGAAGAACUUAGGAUUAUAUCGUGUUAUGAUAUCAUCGAAAGAUUCUGCGAUUGUAUCUCCGAAAAUCUCCCACUUAUGCUGAAGACAAGGGAAUGUCCUGAAGAAUGCAGAGAAGCUGUUUCCUCUUUGAUAUAUGCAGCUGCAUGGGUUCCUGAUGUUCCUGAACUUAAGGAUUUUCGGGCCGUGUUUAUGCGUAGAUUUGGGAACUUCACUGCUUCUUCUGUAAAUUAUGAGCUCGUUGAGAAAACUGAACUGCGAAAAAGACCAUCACGUGAGCUCAAGAUUCAGACAGUGAAAGAUAUUGCAAAAGAGUUUUCUAUUGAUUGGGAUCCUACAGCUUUGAAUCUAUUGCUGCUUAGACAAAGUUCAGCUCUUCAAAUUGAGGAUAAGGUCGAGACAGGAGCUGAUGAUCCGAAGAUUGAGAGAAAGAAAAGUAUUGUAAAUGAUCAACUCGAGGAUGAAUCGGUUCUUUCACAAACUUGGACAAGAGAUUCAUUGUCAAACCGUAGUUUAAGUUCGAGUUCAAGCUCGAGCGUUGGUACUCCAAGAAGAGACCCUGAACAGAAAAAGAAGAAGAGGAUGUUGCCUUACGGAAUAAUCUCUUCUCCAAACACGAAACCAGGAGGGCGAAACGAUGAGAAAGGACAAGAGGAGAAAGAAGAGAAGAAGAAGAGUAUUGAUCAAGAAAACUCGUUACCUAAGCCACAAGACAGCGAUAAGGAAGCUUCAUUAACAAGAAAGAACGAGAGAACGUCGUCGUUUCAGAGACCUAAGCUCUUGAAGUAUGAUGAUGUAGUGGCUCGGCUUGCAGCUCUUCGCUGGAGAUAAGGUUUUCUAAUUGUAAUUAGCUAACUAGAUUGCAUUAACUCUGUAAGUAUAUAUUCUUGUUAGCUUGAAGUAGUUUAGCAAAAUCGAUAUCAAAAUGUAAAUAUUUGGUGUUUCUGUAAAUUAUUUUGACGUUAAUUU